AUGAUGUUCCCCAGCCUCAUCGCCCCUCCAGCCGUCUACCCCGGCCUCCUCCGGCCGACCCCCACCCUCACCUUGCCUCAGUCGCUGCAGUCGGCUUUUUCCAGCCAUUCCAGCUUCCUGGUGGAAGAUCUGAUCCGGAUCAGCAGGCCCACCAGCUACCUGCCCAGGACUGCCCCCCCGCCCAGCAUGUCCCCCCCAGCCUCGGCGGCCAGGACGGACUCGGGGACUUCGGAGCUCCCCAGCUCCACCACCGCCGGCUCCAGGAGGAUCUGUUCCCCACAGACUUCCAGCAGCGACUCCACUUUCCUGAAGUUUGGAGUCAACGCCAUCCUCUCCUCCACGCCCCGAGCCGAAACCUCCCCUGCGUUGCUUCAGAGCGUCCCGCCAAAGACUUUCUCCUUUCCUUAUUUUGAAGGAUCCUUCCAGCCCUUUCUCAGAUCUUCCUAUUUCCCAGCUGCCUCCGCCGUGGUCCCCAUCCCUGGCACCUUCUCCUGGCCGCUGGCUGCCCGGGGCAAGCCCCGCCGGGGAAUGCUGCGCCGGGCUGUCUUCUCCGACGUGCAGCGCAAGGCACUGGAGAAGAUGUUCCAGAAGCAGAAGUACAUCAGCAAACCCGACAGGAAGAAGCUGGCGGCCAAGCUGGGCCUCAAGGACUCACAGGUGAAGAUUUGGUUCCAGAACAGGAGGAUGAAAUGGAGGAACUCUAAAGAAAGAGAGCUCCUCUCUUCUGGUGGCUGCAGAGAACAGACCCUACCCACCAAGUUCAACCCUCACCCAGACCUCAGUGACGUAGGCAAGAAAUGUUCAGGAGAGGAAGAGGAGGAGGAAGUUCCCUCCAUGUGCCCACCCAGCCCCCGGCAUCCCCUAACCUACCACCAGUCCCCAGAACAUCUACACCUGAGGGACAGACUGGACUCCCAGAUAUCUCCUUCACCAUCCCAUUCUAGCAGCCCCAGCAAACCUUCAGACUUCUCAGACUCAGAGGAAGAGGAUGAUGAAGGGGUAGAAGAAGAGGAGGAGAUAACAGUCUCUUAGAUCGCUUGCCUGCCCCCACCAUCACAUGAGGACACUGCAAAGAUGUAAAUAAACCAGAGUGCUAUAAA